AAGGGAUCGACCGCAGGCAUUGAUUUGCUAAGAAGAUCAUGUAACGUGGAACUUGCUUACGACUUAACGCCAGAGGAGCUUUGCGCAAAGGCACCGGAGCUCGAUGCCUUGAUUGUGCGCAGCGGGACAAAGGUGACCCGUGCAAUAUUCGAGGCCAGCAGAGGCCGACUUAAAGUUGUCGGGCGAGCCGGCGUGGGGGUCGACCACGUCGACCUCACAGCGGCGACCGAGUACGGCUGCCUUGUCGUGAAUGCACCCACGGCCAACACGCUGGCGGCAGCUGAGCACGGCAUAGCGUUAUUGUGUGCUAUGGCUCGGAACAUUCCCCAGGCAGAUGCUGCCAUGAAGUCGGGCAGGUGGGACCGAAGCAGCUUCCUCGGGACGAGCCUGGCGGGGAAGACGUUGGCCGUUUACGGCUUUGGAAAGGUUGGCUCGGAGGUGGCGCGGCGCGCCAAGGGCUUGGGGAUGCUCGUCCUCGCGUACGACCCGUACACAUCGAACGAAAAGGCCGCCGCGCAGGGCGUACAGCUCGUGUCCUUCGAUGUGGCCUUGUCUUCGGCCGACUUCCACUCCCUCCACAUGCCCCUCACCCCCAUCACCAAGGGUAUGUUCGGGGAGUAUGCCUUUCGCCGCAUCAGGCCCGGCAGCCGCAUCAUCAAUCUGGCCCACGGAGGGGUGAUUGACGAGGGCGCCCUGCUGGGUGCCCUGGAGGCAAGGGUGGUAGUACAGGCCGCACUGGACGUGUUCCUGAAGGAGCCGCCUGACUUCGAGGACCACCCCCUCAUCUGCCGUCCCGACGUCAUCUGCACCCCCCACUUGGGCGCCUCCACACUGGAGGCUCAGGAGGGUGUGGCCACGGAGGUGGUGGAGGCGGUGAUGGAGGCGCUGGCCGGCAGGCCGUGCAGCAAUGCUGUGAAUGCACCUAUGGUACCCCUGGAGCUGUUGGAGGAGUUGCAGCCGUACAUGGCCCUGGCUGAGGGUCUGGGCCGGGCGGCGGUGGGCUUGGUGGGGGAUCGCGGGUUUGCUGACCUGGCCAUCACGUACUCCUCCCCCCGGGGGGAUGACCUGGACAGCCGGCUGCUGCGGGCUAUGGUCAUUAAGGGUGUGUUGGAGGGGACCACCACCGCCCGGGUCAACUACGUGAAUGCGGACCUGCUGGCCAGGAACCGGGACCUUAAGAUCACGGAGGUGCAUGUGCGCAGUGGGGACGGAGGCCAGGUGUUGUCCAGCAUGUCGGUGGCUCUGGGCACCAGUGACUCCCGCUUCUCCGCCGCCGUGGACCGCACUCAGCGCAUCUACGUGGAGGGCAAGGUGGCGGGGGGACAGCCCUUCCUCACAAAGAUUGGCAACUUCGAUGUGGAGCUGGCGAUGGGCGGCUCGGUGCUGCUCACGCGGCAGAGGGACCAGCCGGGCAUCGUGGGAGGAGUGGGCAUGUUGCUGGCCAAGGACCAGGUCAAUAUUUCCUUCAUGACGGUGUGUCGUACUGCCAAGCACCGUGAGGCCAUCAUGGCCAUCGGCAUCGACAGCGAGCCCUCCCUGGAGACCCUGGCGGCUAUCACGGAGGUGCCGGGGGUGAUGGAGGUGACGGUGUUCAAAGAGGCCGUGUCGCCACAAGUGUGA